AUGGCUACCGCAACUGUUCUCGAGAAGGCGAACAUUGGCGUUUUCACAAACACCAAGCAUGACUUGUGGGUCGCUGACGCGAAGCCCACGCUCGAGGAGGUCAAGAACGGCCAAGGAUUGCAGCCUGGUGAGGUUACAAUUGAGGUUCGCAGCACCGGAAUCUGCGGGUCCGACGUGCACUUCUGGCAUGCAGGCUGCAUUGGGCCUAUGAUCGUCACAGGAGACCACAUCCUGGGUCACGAGUCGGCGGGUCAGGUGGUGGCUGUUGCGCCCGAUGUUACCUCCCUCAAGCCUGGCGACCGUGUCGCCGUCGAGCCUAACAUCAUUUGCAACGCUUGUGAACCCUGCCUGACUGGUCGCUACAAUGGCUGUGAAAAUGUUCAGUUCCUCUCCACCCCUCCUGUCGACGGACUGCUGCGUCGCUAUGUCAACCACCCCGCUAUUUGGUGCCACAAGAUUGGUGAUAUGAGUUAUGAAGAUGGUGCGCUCUUGGAACCUCUGAGUGUUUCUCUGGCGGGUAUUGAACGUAGUGGCCUUCGCUUGGGUGACCCAUGCCUAGUCACUGGUGCUGGCCCUAUUGGUCUCAUCACCCUGUUGAGUGCUCGUGCUGCUGGAGCUAGCCCUAUCGUCAUUACCGACAUCGACGAGGGGCGGCUGGAAUUCGCCAAGUCGCUGGUCCCUGACGUUCGCACUUACAAGGUGCAGAUUGGCCUCUCUGCUGAGCAGAAUGCUGAAGGUAUCAUCAACGUCUUCAACGAUGGGCAAGGCUCGGGCCCCGGCGCUUUGAGGCCUCGCAUUGCGAUGGAGUGCACUGGUGUGGAGAGCAGUGUUGCUUCGGCGAUUUGGAGUGUCAAGUUCGGCGGCAAGGUCUUCGUCAUUGGUGUCGGAAAGAACGAGAUGACCGUUCCUUUCAUGCGCCUCAGUACUUGGGAGAUUGACCUCCAGUACCAGUACCGGUACUGCAACACUUGGCCUCGCGCGAUCCGCUUGGUGAGGAACGGUGUUAUUGACUUGAAGAAGCUUGUGACACACCGGUUCCUCUUGGAGGAUGCGAUCAAGGCCUUCGAAACGGCUGCCAACCCCAAGACGGGAGCCAUCAAGGUUCAAAUCAUGAGCUCCGAAGACGAUGUGAAGGCUGCUUCCGCUGGUCAGAAGAUUUAA